AGCACACCAAAACACCAUUCCAUUCACAAUUUCACAAGAUUUAUUGUUUUUGUUAUUAAUUUCUAUUGCAAUGCAGGCUCCUCCUCCCGAACAUUGCCCAGGCGUUGAGAGCGAGCAGGCUGGACAGGUGAGCGCCUGUGCCGGCUGUCCCAACCAGAGCAUAUGCAGCGAUCCGAACAAGAAGCUCGAGGAUCCGGGCAAGGCCCUGGUAACCGCUGCACUGAAGGAUGUCAAACACAAGCUGCUGAUCCUCUCCGGCAAAGGGGGAGUGGGAAAGAGCACAGUGACCACCCUGCUGACACGCUACCUGGCCAGGAGUUGUCCGGACAGCAAUUUCGGUGUGCUGGACAUUGACAUCUGCGGACCAUCGCAGCCGCGUCUGAUGGGAGCUCUGGGAGAGAAUGUGCAUCAGUCUGGAUCGGGCUGGUCACCGGUGGGCAUAGACGACAAUGUGUGCCUGAUGUCGAUUGGAUUUCUGCUGGGAUCCGUGGAUGAUGCCAUCAUAUGGCGUGGACCAAAAAAGAAUGGAAUGAUUCGUCAGUUCCUGAGCGAAGUGGACUGGGGAAACUUGGAUCUACUGCUGCUGGACACACCGCCCGGCACCUCAGAUGAGCAUCUGUCUGUGGUUUCCUAUCUGAAAGAUGACAAUGCACCCGACUCGGUGCGUGCCAUAAUUGUGACCACUCCCCAGGAGGUUGCACUGCUGGACGUACGCAAGGAGAUCAAUUUCUGCAAGAAGCAGCGCAUACCCAUUGUGGGUGUCAUCGAGAACAUGAGCAGCUUCCGGUGUGGCCAUUGCGGGCACAGCUCCGAAAUCUUUCCAGCCAAAACCGGCGGAGCUGCCGCCAUGUGCGCGGAAAUGGAAGUGCCACUGCUUGGCUCUCUGCCCCUUGAUCCGGCCAUAGCCAAGGCAUGUGAUGCCGGUGAGGACAUCACAUCCAUUAAGAAUGCCACCACAGAAGCCCUGGAGGGCAUUUGUUCAAAGAUUAUGAGUAACUUUAGUUAGAUUUAAUUGUUUUUGUUUGUUAAUGCUUAAUAUAUAACUCUGAUCGGAGGUCUAAAAUGUCGCAGGGACACACAAUA